CUUAUUACUUAUGAGUCUCUGAUCAGUAUACAACCACGGUGCGGUGAUUAAAAAAUAUAGUGUUUAGUAGAUUUUACUUAAUAUUAAAAAAAUGGUGGAAAGCACUAACACUAACACAACAACCGAAACAAAGUAUUACACCCUCGAAGAAAUUGCUAAAAAUAAUGGUGUACAAACUGAUAAAUUGUGGAUCAUCAUUAAGGAUCAAGUUUACGAUGUCACACAGUAUUUAGAAGAACAUCCUGGCGGAGCGGACCUUAUAAAGGAAUGGGCAGGAAAAGACGCAACGAAGGAAUUUGACAAUUUUGGACAUUCCUCGGAUGCUAAAAAGGAAUUAAAAAGGUUUAAAAUUGGUGAGCUUGUCGAGGAGCACCGCAAGCACAAAACGAAGAAAACGGACAAAAAUAAUCAAAUCUCCAAACAAACAGUCCCUAAAAUUAUAGAAGCUGGGGAUAAUUUUGUUAAAAGGAGUUGUUUAUCUAUUAUAACUUGUGGAAUCUGCUCAUAAUUACAUAUAUCAGUUUCUAAUAUUUUUGAAACAUAUGAAAUUGAAAUAUACUGUAAAUAUUGUAUAUAAUCAAUCCUAUAGUUAGGUGAUUGUGUGUAUGUAA